AUGAAGUGUGUAGCACAGGAAUGGCUCAGAGUAACUGCCUUACUAUUCAUAGCUCAAACAGUUUCUGCAAUGGUUCUUCCCAAUGGUACACUAUUAGAGGAACUUUUGGAAAAGUACAUGGAGGAGGAUGGUGAGUGGUGGAUCGCCAAGCAAAGAGGGAAAAGGGCUAUCACAGACAGUGAUAUGCAGAGUAUCUUGGAUCUUCAUAAUAAAUUACGGAGUCAGGUGUAUCCACCAGCUUCCAAUAUGGAAUAUAUGGUGUGGGAUGUAGAGCUGGAGAGAUCUGCAGAAUCCUGGGCUGAAACUUGUCUGUGGGAACAUGGACCUGCAAGCCUUCUUCCAUCAAUUGGGCAGAAUUUGGGGGCACAUUGGGGAAGAUACAGGCCUCCAACAUUUCAUGUCCAAGCAUGGUAUGAUGAAGUGAGAGACUUUACCUACCCUUAUCCUCAGGAAUGCAAUCCCUAUUGUCCUUACAGAUGUUCUGGUCCUGUUUGCACUCAUUAUACACAGGCGGUAUGGGCCACAAGUAGCAGGAUAGGUUGUGCUAUUAACUUGUGUCAUAAUAUGAACAUCUGGGGACAGAUCUGGCCAAAAGCAGUCUAUUUAGUGUGCAAUUAUUCUCCCAAGGGCAACUGGUGGGGUCAUGCUCCUUACAAACAUGGCCGCCCUUGUUCUGCAUGUCCACCUAGUUUUGGAGGAGGCUGCAGAGAAAAUCUUUGCUACAGGGAGGGUUCAGACAGGCAUUACUCCCCUCAUGAGCCAGAGGAGGAAACCAACGAGAUUGAACGGCAGCAAUCCAAAGCACAGGAUAGAACAUCACAGAGUCGAUCCAGGACCCAUUCACCUGCAGGCUCUACAAGGAGCGAUGAUAGUGAGAGAAAUGAAGUAAUAAGCACACAACAAAUGUCUCAGAUUGUUUCUUGUGAAGUAAGGCUAAGAGACCAGUGCAAAGGGACAACUUGCAAUAGGUAUGAAUGUCCUGCUGGCUGCUUGGAUAGUAAGGGCAAAGUGAUUGGAAGUGUUCAUUAUGAAAUGCAAUCCAGCAUUUGUAGAGCUGCCAUACAUUAUGGUAUCCUAGACAACGAUGGUGGUUGGGUUGAUAUCACUAGGCAAGGAAGGAAAAACUAUUUCAUCAAAUCUUAUAGAAAUGGCAUUCAGUCAAUUGGCAAAUAUCAGUCUGCUAAUUCCUUCACAGUCUCCAAAGUAACAGUUCAAGCGAUCACCUGUGAAACAACAGUGGAACAGCUAUGCCCAUUUCAAAAACCAGCCUCGCAUUGCCCAAGAGUGUAUUGUCCUCGCAACUGUAUGCAGGCAAACCCACACUAUGCUCGUGUAAUUGGAACUCAAAUUUAUUCUGAUGUGUCUAGUAUCUGCCGGGCAGCAGUACAUGCUGGAGUAGUUCGCAACCAAGGAGGCUAUGUUGAUGUUAUGCCAGUAGAUAAAAGGAAGGUGUACAUCGCCUCCUUUCAAAAUGGAAUAUUUUCAGAAAGUUUACAGAAUCCUCCAGGAGGCAAGGCUUUCAGAAUAUUUGCUGUUGUCUGA